AUGGGAUUUGAACCCACAACCCUCUACGCGGGGUGGAGUCAUCAUUGUGUUACGAGCAGGUCAGGGCAACCAACUGUGGCACAAAGCAAAAGCUUCGGUAAUGAUGACUCCGGCAUCAUUAUCCCCUGUUCUGCACUAUAUAGCUACGCCGGCCAGGCACCAACUGGUUGGGCCGUAACAAGAACCAGGGUUUUAACAAAUUUCCAUUCAGCACCUGCAAGUGACAUCGCCUUGGAAACUAUCAAAUCCCGUUUCGAUGUGAGAGAAGGUCUAAGAACACCGUACAAUGGACCGCCAACCGAUCCGUCUGUCGACGAGGCAUGGGAAAGGCUUCUGAAAAAUUAUCACAUCUGGGUCACUAGAGACGAGCUGGGGAAAGUUGGCGGCUAUCAUUCGAUUCCAGUUCCUGGAACUGACGGGCAUUACGUCGGAAGUUUCACCGUGAUCCACGAGAUCCACUGCUUGAAAUACAUGAGGCAAUGGUGGUACAUGGGACACUAUUUUCCAAACGCAACAGAACAGUUUAAGAAAGAGGUUGAUGUACACUUCAAUCACUGCCUUGAUGUUUUGCGUAAUAGCGCUAUCUGUCAAGCUGACCCAACCAUCUGGACAUUGACCUGGGUCACAGAUAGUAUCAACCCUCAAGUGGACUUUUCUCAGGAGCAUGAAUGCCGAAAUUGGGACCGGUUGAAUCAAUGGGCCGGCCAGCGAAGGAUUGAUAAAGAGGACUUCUUCAGUCAUCUGGAACAUCCACUAUACGGACGGGACACACACAAAGUACCAAAGAACAUCAAGAGGCAGAAAAUAAUUACGGAUUUCGCAGAUGAUGGAAAAAUAGAAAUCGUUAGGUAUGAAGAUGAUAGCGAAAGUUCCUAA